AUGCCUCCUGCUGAAUGGAGUCCCGAGCAACAGAGUUUUGCCGAUCCCUCCCAACAAUAUCCCGGUCAAGCACCGAACAACUGCAUGGGUUACAACCCCUAUGAGGCGCCCCAGGGAGGGUUCCAAGGACAAGACCCCGGCUAUGCCAAUCCUUACGGAGCGCCUCCGUACGAUCCGAAUGCUUUCGACCCGAACGUCCCGAGUGCCUCCACAGCUCUGGCGUUGACUCCAGUUAAUUCCGGAGGCGUCUCCCGCCGACGUCCUAAAGAAGUUCUCAUGUCCCUCGCAUACAGAGCGAGGAGUUUCCCCACCGGAGUCUGA